GCCACAACCCACCAUGGACCCCAUUAACUGCUCAUCAGUGGAUCUCUCUGAUGUUCUGGCCAGCAAGAUGAGUCCCAGUAAGAUCCUCCUCUCCCUGACCCUCUCCUUCCUGGCUGUGGCAACCACCGCCAUCAACUCCCUGGUCAUCACUGCCAUCCUGAUCACCCGCAAACUCCACCAACCAGCCAACUACCUCAUCUGUUCGCUGGCUGUGACGGACCUUCUAGUAGCUGUUCUGGUGAUGCCCGUCAGUAUUGUGUACAUAGCAGAAGAGACGUGGGUUCUCGGUCCAAUCGUGUGUCACCUUUGGUUGGGUGUCGACGUUACAUGCUGCACUUGCUCAAUUUUACACCUAGCCGCCAUUGCGCUUGAUCGAUACCAUGCCAUUACAGAUGCCGUGGCCUAUUCCCAGAAACGCACAUAUAAAAGAGCAAUCAUAACCAUUUUGGCCCUUUGGACACUGUCUGUGCUGGUGUCUCUACCACCUUUAGUGUGGAGGAAAUUCCCUGUGGAACACAAAGAUGGGGAAAAGGAAGUCAUGGACUGCUUGAUUGAGCAUGACCAUGUGGCUUUCACUGUCUACUCCACUUUUGGAGCAUUCUAUAUUCCACUGGCCCUCAUUUUGGUUCUUUACUACAAGAUCUACAAGGCGGCGGAGAUGCUGCGUAACCGUCGAGGGAGCAGCCGUUUAGUCAAACAGACAGUGAACAGCGUCAUGAUUUCUGGAAUGAGCUCCGAUAAAGACAUCGCCCUCAGUCCUGACUCAUUCUGUCCAGUCGAGAAGUCAUUUUCCGAUCCGUCGACAGAUGGGGAAAGGGUGCGUUUUACUUCUUCUUCUUCAGGUAAUCUCAUCAAGGUCCGCAGGAACCCUGGGGCCAGGGAGAGACGGGCGGCUUUGACACUAGGACUAAUCUUGGGAGCCUUUGUGGUUUGUUGGUUGCCGUUCUUCCUGAAGGAGGUGAUUGUGAAUAUUUGCCCGAACUGCAGCACUUCCGCUGUACUCGCAGAUUUCCUCACCUGGCUCGGGUACCUCAAUUCCCUCAUAAAUCCUUUAAUAUACACCAUCUUUAAUGAGGACUUUAAGAAAGCAUUUAAAAGACUCCUGCCCCUCUGCUGCAGCAAUAUCCUGUGAAACUGACUGGGAGGGAAAGAGAAAUAUGUGGUUUUAAGGGACAUAACUUGCAAAUAACAAUGACAAUCCUGUCAUACUCUAAAUCACUAGACUUCUGCAAGAAAGAUCCUCCUCUCCCUGACCCUCUCCUUCCUGGCUGUGGCAACCACCGCAAUCAACUCCCUGGUCAUCACUGCCAUCCUGAUCACCCGCAAACUCUACCAACCAGCCAACUACCUCAUCUGUUCGCUGGCUGUGACAGACCUUCUAGUAGCUGUUCUGGUGAUGCCCGUCAGUAUUGUGUACAUAGCAGAAGAGACGUGGGUUCUCAGUCCGAUUGUG